UGAAAUGGACAUUAUCUAUACUCUCUAUCAACAAAAUAAGCAUUAAAAAGGCAGAUAAGCCUAGCAACUUCCAAAUCCAUUAAACAGUCCCAACAAAUUCUUCACUCCUCAUCUAAUUGACUGAAACACUCACUCGCUGUGUGUUUUCUUGUGAAAGGGAGAACGAAGCCAUCAUCCAUGGCAAGGGAGGGACAGAGCAGAACUUCAAGAUGGUCCCUUUCCGGCAUGACCGCUCUUGUUACCGGCGGCACUCGUGGAAUUGGGCAAGCGACAGUGGAAGAACUUUCUGAAAUGGGUGCAACUGUGCACACAUGCUCAAGAAAUGAAGCGGAGCUCCAUCAACGUUUGCAAGAAUGGAAUGCAAAAGGAUUUAAAGUGAGUGGUUCUGUGUGUGAUGCUUCUUCUAGAGACCAAAGAACAGAGCUCGUAGAAAAGGUCUCCUCAAUUUUCAAUGGCAAACUCAACAUUCUUGUAAAUAAUGUUGGGACGAACAUCAGAAAGUCAACUGUUGAUUAUUCUGCUGAAGAAUAUUCCUAUCUCUUGGCUACAAACUUGGAGUCUUCUUACCAUCUAUGCCAACUUUCUUAUAAUCUUCUUAAAGCUUCUGGCAAUGGAAGUGUUGUGUUCAUUUCGUCGGUUGCUGGUCUGGUUGACAUAUCGUCCGGAUCUAUUUAUGGAGCGACUAAAGGUGCAAUAAAUCAGCUUGCAAGGAAUUUGGUUUGUGAAUGGGCAAAAGAUGGCAUUCGUGUCAACUGCGUUGCACCUUGGUAUAUCAAAACCUCUCUUGUGGAACAUUUGCUUGGAAACAAAGAGUUUUUGGAUAAGGUAAUAUCUCGAACUCCCCUUGGACGCCCUGGAGAACCACACGAAGUCUCAUCGUUGGUAGCUUUCCUUUGUCUCCCGACUGCAUCGUACAUUAGUGGACAGGUUAUUUCUGUUGAUGGAGGAAUGACUGUAAACGGGUUUCCCUAGGAGAAUCAUGAGGUGCCCCUAGAGGUUUUCCUUCACUGUAUUCCAAGUCAUAGUCGAAGCGAGCUCUCGUGCCUUUUAACUCAAUUCUCAUCUCCAAAGUUUAUAUUCGUUAUGAAUUUUUUCAGGAGUUUCUAUUUCAUCGUGUUUACUGUUGGGAGCAAACUACCAGAUUUCCAUGUUGUUCUUGUCCUGAAGUUCUUGUUACACGUGAUUAUACCAUAAUCGUUCGAGUCCUGGAGCUACGCUGCUCAAAUUUGUGGCUUUAUAAAAAUAUUUUCUUUUUAAAAAUUGUAUCUCAACUAGGGGCGAGUAUUUGAAUCGAAGAAAUAAAAUAUUUAUCUUCGUUAGAGGGUA